ACCGUAAAAAAAGACGGCAGUCGUUGCCAUCUUUUUCACCUACGAUGGGCCACACGGUUCCCUUUCGAGGAAAUAUGCAGUUCAUUCUGACAAUAUUGUAUGGCCUCUUUGUUAUCUCCGCGUUUGGAGACCCGAUUAGAACAAAGAGAGAGCCACCCAUAAGUUCGCAAUAUGGCGCACCACCAGCAACGUCUUAUGGAUCACCGAACGUAGGGCCAUCCGAUUCUUAUGGUCCACCAUCACAAUCUUACGGUGCACCACCUCCGCCACCAUCAUCGUCUUAUGGUGCGCCACCAUCGUCAUCAUAUGGCGUUCCAUCCGCGCCUUCCUCGUCUUACGGUGCACCAUCCGCACCUUCGUCGUCUUAUGGUGCACCAUCCGCGCCAUCGUCAUCGUAUGGCGCCCCAUCCGUGCCUUCGUCGUCUUAUGGUGCACCAUCGUCGUCUUAUGGCGCGCCUUCUCAGAGCUAUGGCGCACCGUCCGGUCAUGGUUCCUUCGGCGGUGAUCAUGGCGGAGGAUCAUUUGGCGGUGAUCAUGGUGGAGGAUCAUUUGGCGGUGAUCAUGGCGGAGGAUCUUAUGGUGGUGAUCAUGGUGGAGGAUCCUUUGGUGGUGAUCAUGGCGGGGGAUCAUUUGGAGGUGAUCAUGGCGGAGGAUCAUUUGGAGGUGAUCAUGGCGGAGGAUCUUAUGGUGGUGAUCAUGGCGGAGGAUCUUAUGGCGGUGAUCAUGGCGGAGGAUCAUUUGGCGGGGAUCACGGCGGAGGAUCCUUUGGUGAUGAUCAUGGAUCCAUCGGAGGAGGAGGGGGAGGUGAUUCAUUCGGUGGUGAUCAUGGCGGAGGAUCAUUUGGCGGUGAUCAUGGAUCGAGCGGUUAUGGCGGUAGUAGCGAUAUUGGAUCGUCUUCCGGAUCCUACGGACCACCUUCGGACUCUUAUGGACCACCGGCGCAUGAUCAGCCAAAAGGUGUAUGGAAAAAGAAAUUGGUAUGGAAACCCGAGUGGAAACAAAUCUGGAAAACAGAAUCUAAAAUGACUUGGAAACAAGUAUGGAAAAAAGUUCAGGUGCCAGUUUGGAAGGAAGUUCAAGUGCCUGCCUGGAAAGAAAUCAAAGUACCCGCCUGGAAGAAGGUGCAGAAACCCAUCUGGAAGGAGAUACAAGUUCCAAUUUGGAAAGAAGUCCAAGUGCCAGCUUGGAAAAAAGUCUGGAAACCUGUUUGGAAGGAAGUCCAGAUUCCUGUGUGGAAGGAAGUCCAAGUACCUGAUUGGAAAAAGAUCUGGGUGCCGGAAUGGAUUAAGGUCGGUAUACCGGGCGAGCAGUACGUGGGUAAAGACCACCACGGUUGGCAGUAUACUAGUCAUGGUCUCUGGAAGAAAAAAUUGAUAUGGAAGCCAGUCUGGAAGAAGAUCUGGAGGACGGAGAAGAAGCAAAUAUGGGUGAGUGACAAGAAAUUGGAAUGGAAAGCCGAAUGGAAGCAAAUCUGGAAAACGGAGAAAAAGCAAGUCUGGGUAACGGAUAAAAAGCUGAUUUGGCAGGAGGAGUCAGUGCAAGUGUGGGUACCACAGAAGAAACAGAUCUGGGUCACUCAAAAGAAACAGGUGUGGAAAGACGAGUGGAAAAGCAAGUGGGUUCCGGUUUGGAAAGACGUGCAGGUGCCGGCUUGGAAGAAGAUCUGGAAGCCCGUCUGGGAGAAAGUAUGGGUUCCGAUUGAAUCCCACCAUGACGAAGGUCAUCAUGGUUACAAAUAGAGGGUCGUGUUCGGCCGGCUCAAUCUUCUUUUUACGACUAUCUUGCGAGAUGCGCAGAGAUCGAAAGGUCAACUCGGAAAAUUAUCUGGGAAUUGUCGGCGCAAGAAAGUCUGUCAAACUUUAUAGUCUUGUGAUAAUGGAUUAUACUUGCCGAUAUAGACAUACAUUUCAAAGAAAGAAGGAGAAAAGCUCAUCAAUAAAUUCAUAUGACAAAGAGAAAAGUAAAGCCUGCAAUUAACACGUUAGAAAGCAUCAUGACAAGCGAUGAAAUACGCACGAAAAUAAAUGGUAAAAAUUUUCAAUCGGUCAUCUUGAUGAUAAUGUAAUGAAUUGUAUAUCUUUCGAUUUUAUGUAAAAUAUUACACGAAAAUAAGAAAUCAGAAUAAUCGGCGAAUAAUCAUCAAGAUAUUAUUGUACCAAAUAUGAAAAUGUUAGUUUAAAAAAUAUUACUUAUAUACUCUCACUUAUAUUUCUCGAAAUUACAUGUAUUAUUAUUACAUAUACUAUGUCUCGAAAAAAAGCAAGGCACUAAUAAUUG